CCAUCAACUCCGCCAUCUCCCGCACUCAUCGUCUUCUCAUACAGCGCCGCUUCGCUGCGUCGCUCUUCAGAUCCGCCGACCGUCCCUCGCCACAAAGCGCGUGCGCGCCUUCUUUCUCCUACACACACGCCGCCGCCCUCAAAACACGUCAAUCCCAUCGCUUUCCGUUCCUGCUCCAUCACACCACUUAAUCAGCCAUGGCCGACGUCUGGGGCAAUGGCGUGGGCAGUCCUGCUCAGUCCGAAUACGAUGAGGACGACAUCAUCACAAGUGAAGAUUGCUGGACUGUCAUUCAGUCUUUCUUCGACUCAAAGGGUCUGGUGUCGCAACAGCUCGACUCGUUCGAUGAGUUCGCCGGUACCACCAUGCAGGACAUCAUUUCUGAACAGGGCCGCAUCGUAAUCGACCAAAAUGCCCCACAGGACGACGACGACGCAAACCCCAUUGUCAAGCGCCGCUACGAAAUCGAAUUUGGCAACAUCACCAUCUCCCAGGCCGCCAUCACAGAGGGAGAUGGUUCUACCCGCCCACUGUACCCCAACGAGGCUCGCCUACGCAACUUGACCUAUUCAAGUCCCAUCUACCUUGGCAUGACCAGUCGCGUCUUGGUCGCCCGCGAGAGACGCAUUGCUCGACCAGGAUACGAUCCAGAAGACCCGGAUAGUGUGCCAGACGAUGAGGAAGAGACCGAGCUGGUAUGGGAAAGAGAGGACCCACACGCUGUUGAGAAGGAGGAGCGCGUCUUUAUCGGAAAACUGCCUGUCAUGAUCAAGUCCAAGAUUUGCACAUUGCGCAAUCGCUCAGAACAGGAACUCUACGCUUUCCAAGAAUGCCCCUACGAUCAGGGUGGUUACUUCAUCAUCAACGGCUCCGAGAAGGUCUUGAUCGCCCAGGAGCGCAGUGCUGCCAACAUCGUCCAGGUCUUUAAGAAGAAGGGAAGCCCCACUCCCAUCGUCGCUGAAAUCAGAAGUGCCACCGAGAAGGGUACCCGAUUGCUCUCCUCCAUGCAGCUGAAGUUAUACCAAAAGGGAGAACAGAAAAAGGGUGGCAUCUUGACCGGCACCAUCAAGGCAACUUUGCCAUACAUCAAGGCCGACAUUCCCAUUGUCAUCGUCUUCCGUGCGCUCGGUAUCGUCUCAGAUAUGCAAAUUCUUGACUGCAUCUGCUACGAUGCAAACGACACUCAAUUGCGCGAGAUGAUCAAGCCGUGUUUGGAAGAGGCCUUCGUCGUUCAAGACCGCGAAAACGCUCUUGACUUCAUCGGUAAGCGUGGUAACCAGGUGGGUGGCAAGGAAAAGCGUAUUCGUUAUGCUCGCGAUAUCCUGCAAAAGGAAUUCUUGCCCCAUAUCUCGCAACGAGAGGGUAGUGAGACCAGAAAGGCUUUCUUCCUCGGUUACAUGAUCAACCGUAUGUGUCAGGUCAUGCUGGGCAGAUGCGACGAAGACGACAGAGAUCACUUUGGCAAGAAGCGUCUUGAUCUGUCUGGUCCUCUGAUGGCCCAAGUCUUCCGCCUCAAGUUCACUCAACUCGUGCGCGAUAUGCGUGUCUACCUCUCCCGCUGCAUCGAGCAAGGUAGAGACUUUAAUCUCACACUUGCUGUCAAGUCAAACAUCCUCACAUCUGGUCUGCGCUAUUGCUUGGCCACUGGCAACUGGGGUGAUCAGAAAAAGGCAGCCUCGGCAAAGGCCGGUGUCUCCCAGGUGCUGAACCGAUACACAUACGCUUCUACACUAUCACAUUUGCGACGAACGAAUACUCCCAUCGGUCGUGACGGAAAAAUCGCCAAGCCUCGCCAAUUGCACAACACCCAUUGGGGUCUUGUGUGUCCCGCAGAAACACCCGAAGGACAGGCUUGCGGUCUGGUCAAGAACUUGUCUCUCAUGUGUUACGUCAGUGUUGGUACGCCUGCCGAGCCCAUCGUUGAGUUCAUGAACCAGCGAAACAUGGAAUUGCUCGAAGAGUAUGAGCCCAAGAACAACCCGGAUGCCACAAAGGUCUUCGUCAACGGUGUAUGGGUUGGUGUUCACAGAGACCCUUCUCAGCUCGUCAAGGUUGUGCAAAGUCUCCGCCGUAACGGCACCAUCUCUUUCGAAAUCUCACUCAUCAGAGAUGUUCGUGAGCGAGAGUUCAAGAUUUUCACUGAUGCUGGUCGUGUCAUGAGACCGCUGUUCGUUGUCAACAAUGACCCUGCAAGUCCGACCAAGGGUCAGCUUACCCUGAACAGAUCUCACAUUUCUCAGCUGCUUAAUGCACGCGAGACUGACACUAUCGGUCUUAGCGAAGAGGAGCGCGACGGUACAAUUUAUGGCUGGAAGAACUUGAUCAGUGAUGGUGUCGUUGAGUACCUCGAUGCCGAGGAAGAAGAGGUUGCCAUGAUGGUCAUGUCACCUGAAGACCUCGACGAGCAUCGCCAGAUGAGAGCUGGACUCGUUUACGAAGAGCCAGUGACUGACCCUCAUCGAAGAAUCAAGAGCAGGCCAAACGCCAACGUUAGAACAUGGACCCAUUGCGAGAUUCACCCUGCCAUGAUUCUUGGUAUUUGCGCUUCCAUUAUUCCUUUCCCCGAUCACAACCAGUCGCCUCGUAACACCUACCAAUCUGCCAUGGGUAAACAAGCUAUGGGUAUCACCCUCACCAACUACAACGUGCGCAUGGAUACCAUGGCGAACGUCCUUUACUAUCCUCAAAAGCCUCUCGGUACCACGAGAUCCAUGGAGUAUCUCAAAUUCAGAGAACUGCCCGCCGGUCAAAACGCUAUUGUCGCCAUCGCAUGUUACAGUGGUUACAACCAAGAAGACUCCGUCAUCAUGAACCAGUCGUCGAUUGAUCGUGGUCUUUUCCGCUCGCUUUUCUACCGUGCUUACAUGGAUCAAGAGAAGCGUGUUGGUAUGUCGGUUGUGGAACAAUUCGAGAAGCCUACUCGUGGAGACACUAUGAGAAUGAAGCACGGAACAUACGACAAGCUGGAUGACGAUGGUAUCAUUGCACCCGGUACUCGUGUGUCUGGUGAGGAUAUUAUCAUCGGAAAGACUGCGCCUAUGGCUCCCGACGCUGAGGAGCUCGGCCAGCGUACCAAAUUCCACAUCAAGCGCGAUGUGUCAACUCCUCUACGUUCCACUGAGAGCGGUCUCAUCGAUCAGGUACUUCUUACAACCAACGUUGAGGGUCUCAAGUUCGUCAAGGUCCGCACACGAACAACCAAGAUUCCCCAGAUUGGUGACAAGUUUGCCUCUCGUCACGGUCAGAAGGGUACCAUUGGUAUCACCUACCGUCAAGAAGACAUGCCUUUCACCGCCGAUGGACUUGUCCCUGAUAUCAUCAUCAACCCUCACGCUAUUCCUUCUCGUAUGACCAUUGCUCAUUUGAUUGAGUGUCUUCUGUCAAAGGUUGGUUCUCUACGUGGUCAAGAAGGUGACGCUACUCCCUUCACUGAUGUCACCGUCACUCAAAUCUCCGAUCUUCUGCGUCAACACGGCUUCCAGCAACGUGGUUUCGAAGUCAUGUACAACGGUCACACAGGUAGAAAGAUGAACGCACAAGUCUUCUUGGGACCCACCUACUACCAGCGUCUGCGCCACAUGGUCGACGACAAGAUUCACGCUCGUGCUCGUGGUCCCACCCAGAUCUUGACUCGUCAACCUGUGGAAGGUAGAGCUCGUGACGGUGGUCUGCGUUUCGGAGAGAUGGAGCGCGAUUGUAUGAUCGCUCACGGUGCCUCUGCUUUCUUGAAGGAGAGAUUGCUUGAUGUUUCAGAUGCUUUCCGUGUCCACGUCUGCGAGAUUUGUGGUCUCAUGACUCCUAUUGCUUCCCUCAAGAAGAACCAGUUCGAGUGCAGACCAUGCAAGAACAAGACCGAAAUUGCACAGAUCAUCAUUCCGUACGCCGCCAAGCUUAUGUUCCAGGAGCUUGCUGCCAUGAACGUGGCUACGCGCAUGUACACCAAGCGCAGUGGUGUCAGCAUUAGAUGAGCACAUUGACGACGCAUGGUCCGAUACACGGAACCACCAACAGACAGAUACCCCUGUGAGCCGCCGAGGACAGGCCCAAGGGCGAGAAAAGGCAUCACGCCACGAAGAAGGACGGAAGAAAAGCGGAAAAAGAACUUCAAACGCAUAUCACGGAGUUUUGUUUCGACGGAUGGGGGUUUAUGAAACGAAAUUGGUUUCUUUCUUCCUUGCAGUUUUACACUUGGUUCAUUCUCUAGAAAGCAGCCCAGCC